AAAUUCUUCUGUUUUCCUGUUCCGUCUUCAAUGUUUGAUUCUUGACCAGCUUUUGCCUUCCUCUAUACUCUAUUAGCUACCUACUCUUAUUUCUCUUUGUUUUGAUAGAAUUCGAUUUCAAUGGCGGGUAUGCUUGCUGGUGUUGAAUGUGCUCGAAGAAGACGAUUCCAUCAAAGCGGAGGCUCAUCGGAUUCAGCUCCCGCCUUCACAAGGAAACCCUUUUUCUGUUUGUACACAACCAACCAUGAAACUCAAGUCUUUUCUCAGCAAAAGAGGAUAUUAAUUAAAGCCUAUGAAGAUCAUAAGCUUGGAGAGGUAGCGAGAGUGGCCAAGGAAAGAUUAGACGAACGGCUGAGAUCUCAAAGAAAAUCAGAACCCAAAAGGCAUAAUAGCAAAGAGAAUUUGAAGUUUUUGGAUGGAAAAUGUUUGAUUCGGAGUUGCAUAGAGAAACGUUUGGAUCAAAGAAGAGUCCAAGUUGAGCCGCAAGGCAUUGGACCAAGAUGUGUGUGCGGUGAGACCCUGGUUCGUCCCCCCAUGUGACCAUCGGUUUCAUUCCAGGUGGUUGGUCCAAUAGCUGCAGAACAACUGCCCUUGUCGUAGUUUGGGAAUUUUAUCAUACAACAAAUUAUUGGUCUUUUUAUGUUCCAACUCAUUGCUUUUGGAUUGUUAUAACAGUAAUGCUUUUAUCUGAACUAAGAUUCAAUUUACAAAGUGA